AUGGACAUUGAAGCAACCCAGAUGCCCCACCCAGACUGGAAUAAGAUGGCAUUACCACAUACUGGCAUCAAACUGGAAGGACGGUUCCCUCCGUUGGGGCCUGCAGAGGGGCAGUGCUGUGGAAGUUGCCCCUCUUUGCCCCAUAUUAUCAUACCCAGCAUGGAGCUUUGCACUGCCCAAGAGGAUGGCUGCUUUCCCACAGAUGGAUUGUUGGGGGUAACAGAAGUGCAAGCCAUGGAAGAAUUUACUGUACAGAGAAAAGGUGGCAGACUUCCCUUUCAGAUCUUUCCAGACCCAGUGGAUGUAGUUUUGGGUUCAGACGGGACUCUUACAUGUGUACAACCAGGGAAGGAACGCUUGCCGUCUAUUGUUGUGGAGCCCACUGAUGUUAGUGAAGUGGAGAGUGGUGAGCUUCGCUGGCCCCCAGAAGACAUGGACUUUGAUGAAGAUGAAGAUCUGUUCCUAGAACAGUGCAUCCCACCUGCUAACAUCGCUGACUGGGGAGAGGAAGAGGAAGAAACGUCUGUCAUCGAAAAUCAACCGCAGCCCACUCUGUUAGAUCUUCAUACAGAUGAGUUUCGGGAUGACACGCCUACUCUGCCUCCAGAGAGUGCUUCAGUUUAA